UAUACAUCCACUAUUCUUCGAGUAGGAAGAAAACUUCUGCCUGAGAAACCUAAUUUUAUUUAUACAUCCCCUCUUCUUCAAUCAGAAAGAAAACUUUUGCGUGAAAAACCCUAAUUUAUAUUGUACAUCCGCUCUUCUUCAAUUCGAAAGAAAACUUCUGCCUGAAACACCCUAAUUUUAUUAUACAUCCCCUCUUCUUCAAUCAGAAAGAAAACUGUUGCCUGAAAAACCCUAAUUUUAUUAUAUAUCCGCUCUUCUUCAAUUCGAAAGAAAACUUCUGCCUGAAAAACCCUAAUUUUAUUAUACAUCCGCUCUUCUUCAAUCAGAAAGAAAACUUCUGACUGAAAAAUCCUCUUUUUAUUAUACAUCCGCUCUUCUUCAAGUAGGAAGAGAACUUCUGCCUGCAAAACCCUAAUUUUCAGCCAUGGCAGAUCUCCAAGUGAAAAAAAUUCCUAAACUACCAAUUCCUGGCCGUAGAAACAUUAUGAUUACUAGCGCAUUACCUUAUGUUAAUAACGUUCCUCACCUUGGAAAUAUCAUUGGUUGUGUUUUGAGUGCUGAUGUCUUCGCUCGUUAUUGCCGUCUCAGAGGUUAUAACACGAUUUAUAUGUGUGGUACAGAUGAAUAUGGAACAGCCACUGAAACCAAAGCUAUGGAAGAAGGAUGUACACCUAAGGAGAUUUGUGAUAAGUAUCAUGCGAUUCACAGAGAUGUUUACAACUGGUUUGACAUAAGCUUUGACGAGUUUGGACGCACUUCUAGUCCCCAACAGACUGAAGUUUGCCAAGCAAUUUUCAAGAUGCUGAAUGAGAACAACUGGCUUUCUGAAAAUACAAUGCAGCAGCUUUACUGCAAAACGUGUAAGCGUUUCUUAGCUGAUCGGCUGGUAGAAGGAACCUGUCCUAGACCAACAUGUAACUAUGAUUCAGCACGAGGUGACCAGUGUGAAAAAUGUGGAAACCUUUUGAAUCCGACGGAGCUACAGGAUCCCAAGUGCAAGGUAUGCCGGAACACUCCUGAAAUUCGUGAUACAGAUCAUUUGUUUCUAGAACUCCCCUUGCUGAAGGAUAAAUUGGAAGAAUAUAUCAACCAUAUGUCCGUUGCUGGAUCGUGGAGCCAGAAUGCAAUUCAAGCUACAAAUGCAUGGCUAAAAGAGGGUCUGAGAUCAAGGUGUAUAACCAGAGAUCUCAAGUGGGGGGUUCCUGUUCCACAUGAGAAAUACAGAGACAAGGUUUUUUAUGUUUGGUUCGACGCACCUAUUGGUUACGUCUCGAUAACUUCAUGCUACACUUCUGAUUGGGAGAAGUGGUGGAAGAAUCCAGAAAAUGUGGAGCUUUAUCAAUUUAUGGGAAAGGACAAUGUGCCGUUCCACACUGUAAUGUUCCCCUCAACUCUUCUUGGAACUGGCGAAAACUGGACACUGAUGAAGACUAUUAGUGUUACAGAAUAUUUGAAUUAUGAAGCAGGGAAGUUCUCUAAGAGUAAAGGAAUAGGUGUUUUUGGUAAUGAUGCAAAAGACACAAAGAUUCCUUCAGAAGUAUGGAGAUACUAUUUGUUGACAAAUAGGCCUGAAGUAUCAGACACUCUGUUUACAUGGAAGGAUUUGCAAGCCAAACUUAACAGCGAGUUGCUUGCUAACUUGGGCAAUUUUAUCAACCGUGUCUUGAGCUUCAUUGCCAAGCCUUCAGGUUUAGGUUAUGGUUCUAUUAUUCCUGAUGCUGCAAAUGCAGAAUCACACUCCUUGACAAAGGCUUUGGCAGAGAAAGUUGGAAAACAUGUUGAGCAAUAUGUUGAAGCUAUGGAAAAGGUUAAACUAAAGCAAGGCUUGAAAACUGCAAUGUGCAUUUCUAGUGAAGGAAAUUGCUACCUACAAGAUAGCCAGUUCUGGAAACUAUACAAGGAAGAUUCAGCUUCUUGUGCUAUUGUCAUGGGUACUUCUGUUGGGCUAGUUUUUCUUCUAGCAUCUCUUUUGGAACCGUUUAUACCAUCCUUUUCUGUAGAGGUAGUGAAGCAACUCAAUUUGUCUUCCGAACUUCCACUCUCUCUUAGCGAUGAAAAUGGAUAUAUAAAUGGGGCAAGAAGACCUUGGGAGAUUAUACCUCCUGGCCACAAAAUUGGGUCACCACGGCCACUUUUUAAAGAACUAAAAGAUGAGGAGGUGGAGUUCUUCAGGGAGAAGUUCGCUGGAAGUCAAGCUGACAGAAAGGUAAAGGCUGAUGCAAAGAAAAUGGCUGGCCAACUAGAGAAAACCAAGCUUUCUGAUGCAAAGAAACAAAAGGCAUCAACAUCUGCAGCUCAGGGCAUAUCUGGGGGUGCUGGAAAAAAAAUGGCUGGCCAACUUAAGAAAACCAAGCUUUCUGAUGCAAAGAAACAAAAGGCAUCAACAUCUGCAGCUCAGGGCAUAUCUGGGGGAGCUGCUGAAACAGAAAUCACCAUCAGUAGACUUGACAUUCGUGUUGGUCUCAUUACUAAGGUCUGGAGGCAUCCAGAUGCUGGUUCCCUUUAUGUUGAGGAGAUUGAAGUGGGUGAAGCUACACCACGCACUGUUGUUAGUGGGCUUGUGAAGUUCAUCCCCCUUGAAGAAAUGCAGAACCGGAAAGUUUGUGUUCUGUGCAACCUGGAACCAGAAACCAUAAGCACAACUACAUCUCAUGCAAUGGUUCUUGCUGCCUUCAAUGAGGACCACAGUAAGGUUGAAUUGGUGGAUCCACCAAGCUCUGCUGCAGUGGGAGAGAGAGUUACCUUCCCUGGUUUUGAAGGUGUGCCUGGUGCUGUGCUUAACUUGAAGGUAUGGGAAGCACUACAAGUAGAUCUGAAGACUGACGCUGAACUGGUUGCUCGGUACAAAGACGUGCCAUUAACUACGUCAGCUGGAGUUUGCAAAGUCUUGUCCAUACCAAGUGGAAUCAUAGGGUAGAGGCUGUGAUGGAAAUUGGGUAGAGGCUGUCAUAGAAAUUUCAAAGGUUUUGAUUGUUUCGUUGUAACCUCAGUUCCGGACAAUCUUCUCAUUUUUCGGCUUGCAAAAAAGCUUUAAUCAAUUAUCCAGGAACGCGACGAUUGUCCGCAACCUAACAUUCAUCUAAUUUAUUCAAUUCAAUCAACAGAUUCAACACCA